AUGGCUGCCGAAGGCGACUUUAACCCGACCCCUGCUAGCGAGCCUCCCACCGUUGAGCAUUUAAACAUCAAGGUUACCGAUAACAACAACGAAGUGUUCUUCAAGAUCAAGAGGUCCACGCAACUGAAGAAGCUCAUGGAUGCCUUCUGUGAAAGGCAAGGGAAGCAGAUGUCGACUGUUCGGUUCUUGUUCGAUGGUACCCGUGUGCGCCCCGAAGACACGCCGGACACCCUGGAGAUGGCGGACGGCGACACCCUAGAGGUGCAUCAGGAGCAGAUCGGCGGAGCUCAGGUUGAUGUUUGA